UCACACCAUAUCGAGUCCAACCGUCAAGAGACUAUCCGUUUACUACGAUUCUCCUCUUGAUGUUGAUUGUGCUUGUUAUAUGUCAUUUGACCUGCCAAAGCUUGUCUACCUUGAGUAUUCUCACUGUGCCUUGGGUGAGUAUUUGCAAGUUAAUCUCGAGUCCCUUGUCGAAGCUAAGCUGGACCUUUGGCUGGAAAGAAAGGUCGACAGGCUGGAUGUAACUGAUCUCAUUACAGGGAUAAGCAACGUUCAGACCCUGCAUCUUUCUCCUGGUUCUGUUGACGUGAUUUAUUUACACUGUAAACAUGGGCUGCCAGUGUUCAACAAUCUUGUUAAUUUAUCUGUGGGGAGUAAGAAUAAAAGAGGUUGGAAACUGCUGGCAUAUCUGCUUAAGCAGUCUACGAAGCUUGAAACUCUAAUCGUCAAGGAUCUGAAUGGUUACACUGGGGAUGUCUCAAUGCCUCCGAACAAAGUGAAGGUGUUGCAUAUUCUUGGUUAUCGGGGAACUGCGGAUGAGUUGAAACUGUUGAAGAGUUUUCUCGGGGAAUUCAAGUGUCUCGAACUGGUUCAAGUGGAUGUUGCAAACGCUGCAGAGGAUGAUGGCAUCAUAUUGCAAAUCAAAAGGGAGCUUCUUGGAGUUUCACUUCCAUCCAAGUGCCAGUUCAAAGUCAAUUCAUAACGCUAUCAGUCUCUGUAUCUGUUAUUUCCCUUUGGUGGUCACCAUUACGGGUUUGUAUUUGUCUUUGAAUGUUCUGUCCUUUUUCU